AUGGUGAGGAAGACUUCACAGCAAAGGGCCGCGACCAAUGCAAUGGUUUCGUGCAGGGCCGACAACCACCACCAAGAUGGCGAGAUGCCUUGCAUAGCGAAUAGGCCAAGUCUACCGAUUCGAAGUCUAAAGCGAAAGCACUCUGAUGAUAGUACCGCUGGAGGAUCAGCUCAGCGAGACACCGACUCGGCUUCGCGGUGUCGACUCCGCCCUAUAGAUACUACAUCAGCCCAGACAACUGAUGACUACAACUUUCACUGGAACAUGUCGGCAUCGUUUGAGUCUGCCUCGGCUUACAAGGUGCAGGGUGUGCCACAAGAGCAUCUACACUGGGUUGGGCCCGCCUUUGCAGACGACUUGUCAGAGUACUCGUCACUGUCGACGCCUUCACCUGCACUAGCUGCCUACAUGCCACCGUCUUCUCGGCGUUUUGGCGAAAUGACCUUGCCAGAGACAGGCAGGCUGGAAGAUGCCUUCAGUCAGUCUGCGGGAACGUGUCUUGGCAGAAGACAAACGAGCUAUGGGUAUGACGGCGGUUUUGCGGGGAUGCAGGAUAGGAAACGUAUGGAUCGUAUCUUGGGGAACUUGAUCCAGACGGAAUUCCGGCAAAGGGAGCAUGCAAAGCAGCAGCUUGCGGCCAUUCAUAAUUCAAGGUGCAACGUUCGGGAUGGAGGAAGGUGGUAG